AUUAAAAGUUUAAACUCAGUACACACACGCGCCGGUCGUCACGUCUUCAGCAUUAAUUUGUAAUAGAACGGUUACUUUAUCAGCGAAUAUUAAAAAGCCUGUAAAAAUGUUCAGCUGAAAUUCAGUGUCGAAUAAUGUGUCUUAAUUACUAGUGAUAACGUGCGUUUUCGUGUGACCUUCUAUUUUAUAAUGACAACUCAUGUAGACAGUACUUGUAAAAGCAUAGACAUAGACAGUGGUGAUUCAGUGAAAAUGGUGUACACAAUAACUCCACAGAAUAUAUUGGUGAAAAAUAAUGAGACAAAGCGAUGUUUGUGGAAGGAAUUACUCAUAGCUGUACUAGUAAACCUACCAUUCUUCACACAUGGAAUAGAAACCACAAGAUUGACGUCAUCAAUACAUUCCGGCCAUUUUGUGAAUGGUAAUGCCACCACAUGGACAACUACCUCAGUAAUUGCUGGGGCAGGCAUAGCUGCUCCUAUAUUCUGCUAUAUAGCAGACACUUAUGGCAGAAUGAGCGGGGUGUUUUCAGUCAGUAUGAUACAAGGGAUAUCACUGAUCCCACACUUUCUACUAAAUAAAAGAAAUAUAUUCUACGUAGAAAUAAUCCUGCAUAUCCUAGCGGGAAUAUCAUCAGGCGGGUUAUUCACCGUCCUACCAAUUUAUUUAAGAGAAGUGACCACAGUCCGUGGGUUUGCCGUCCCACUCUUGGUGGUGAUGACCACAGGAGGCUACUUAAUGAAGGUGGUAGCUGUGGAAGUGAGGUUAUACGUGAUGCUGGCAAUGGUGAUGGUGCAGUUCCUAUCAAUUCUGAUGAUGGUGGAGAGUCCAAGUUACCUGGUGAUGAUAAGGAAAUAUGAGAAUGCGAAAAAGAAUUUAUCAAAGCUUGUUCGUGUGGAUGAGAAUGAUUCGUAUGUGUCAAAGGAAAUAUCUCAGCUUAAAGAUGAAAGUGAUAAAGCAAAGGCUAAAGGAAGACUCACAGUUUGUACCGUGUGGCGAAACAAGAUCUGGCUAGAUGGUACAAAAAUUGGAAUUGUUCUGUACACAAUAACGGCUAUAGGAGGAAGCAUUCUCUUCUUGGAUCAGCAGAAAACAUUGAUGCAGUUGAGGGUAUCUUCAGACCCUGAAAAUAUGUUGGUACUUAGCACCUUAUUCCUUGGAAGCGUGUUCUGUUUAAUUUGCACAACCUUCGUGGAUAGAAAGUACCUCCUAACAGCAGCCUACGUCACAAUGACGAUAUCAACAGGGGUACUAGCAGUGUAUACACAAGCUGAUCUAACAGUGACGUCAUUAAGAUGGCUGCCUGUGUCUGCACUUGGAGUUUUGGUCUUCGCAUACGGAGUAGCUUGGGGUCUACCUAUCGUUAUCAUGGUGGAGAUAUUUAAUUUGGAGAUCCGAGCAACACUUAUUGGAGCUAUUUACCUGUACUCACAUGUGAUCAAACUAAUCCAUGUACACACCUUCCAAUACGUAGAAGAUUACGUAGGAGUUUAUACCACAUUCUACAUAUUCGCCUGCAUAAACUUGUUUGGGGUGGUGUACACUCUGUUCGCUGUACCUAAUAUUAAGAACAAAAGUGUUAAGCAGAUUGAGAAACAAUUAAAAAGACAACCUUUGCCUGCGUGAAUAAAGUUUAAAUUAUGUUUU